UGUGGUCAGUCCAUGUCUCAGCAAUCUGCCUGAUGUUUUUGGCACCUAAGUUCAUAUCUUCCCUAGAAAUAAAGCCAAGAAAAGUGCCCCGUGGGACUGAUGUCACUCUGACUUGCCCAUCGAUAAAAGCAGACGCAUCAUCGCUUUCUGUUUCUGCUCCUUCAAAAAGUAACAUAAGACAGUUUUAUUACAACGAAACCUUGUACAUCGUUAUUUCAGAUUUCUGCCAACAGCACAAAGGCCCCUAUUUAUGUGUAAAAGAUGACAAAGUGUCCUCCGGAACAGUGUUAGAUAUGACCGAAUUGAAAGUCCGUCCACCAGCCUUAGUUAAUGAUGACAACAUCAUGGCACUUACAUGUUCAGUGUCUCACCUUAUAUUGGAUAACAACAUUCUGUUAGUGUGGGUACAAAUGAAUGGAUCUAGCUCUGUUCCUGUAAAGAGCCACAGAGUCACCAAUAUGUUAACGGAAAACAUACUAUUUAUGAAGGACAUUAAUAUGAAUGACAACACAACAAACUUCACGUGUUUGGUGUUUACUGAAAACAACUUGGUUACUUUACUUCCAAUAAAGUUGAAUUACACCAGAAAUCUCAAAUUGGAGCCAACGUCAAGUCUUCAAUCCAACUCAAGUCCGGCCUCAUUCAAUGAAGACACACCCUCAUCCUCAGGAAUCAAUGUAUUGCGCAUAUCAGUUCGCUCUGUGAUUUCCAUAAUGAUCUUGGUGCCUUUUAUUGUAUGCACAAUACAGUUUUCAAGGUAUAUAGGUGCCGUGUAUAAAGACACAACAACGUCAACUUCAAACCUCAAAGGCGAAAACGAACUAUACGUGAGAUUUGAAAAGUGAAACAGAGACUAUGUGAUACAUAGAGUGUUUGUUGAAUA